AUGUCUCCUGUGCCUGUUAUCUCGGCCGCAUCGGCGGCGCCCUUCUCUUUCAGCCGAGCUGCACACUUUCUGACCCGCCGGGGUCGAGCUAAGUUGAUCACCUGCGGAGGGAGUCCUUCGUGGCGUUUCCCGACGCAUCUGACCGGGCGCGACGCACUCCGGCGUAGACCCGCCUUCGGGUUUGGCGAUCCGCGCCUCGUCAGCGAGGUGUGGCCUCGUUUUCUUCCAUCCGGAGGCGGCGCUGAAUCAGACACUGGAGGUCCGUGCGAGUCUCGAAACAGACAUCCCUCGGCGUCUCCAGUCCCCGGCGGCUCGCACGCAGCCAGACAUGCGGGCACCCCGACGGGGUUGAUCCAUGAGACGGUGCGCGGCGUGCUGGUUUUGAAGACUCCCGCGGGAGCGGGCGCCACCGCCCGUAGCUCUCGCCCGUCCUCUCCCUGGAUUUUCAGCAAUGAAGUGGCCUCUUGCUCUCUUCAGAAUCCGUUCGAGACCAGCCCGUUGAAAGAGGCGUCAAACCCGGCUGCCGCCGCGAGCUUGUCCGCCUCCAGCGAGGCGGGAGACUCCGCGGCGGCGGGCGAGAGGAAGGUGGAGCGUGGAGCUCUUGUGCGGCUGCAGGACGAAAAAGGCAACGCCUACGGCAUUGGAUACUACAACCGGCAUGCGCUGAUUUCCGCGCGUGUCCUCACCGACAAGGCAGACGAGCCCAUCGAUCAGGACUUCUUCCUCCGCAGGUUCAGAGCUGCACUCCAAAACCGAAUUCACCUGAAUCAGGCGCUCUCUAGGAGCACCCCGACCUGUCGGUACCGCCAGCCGGCUGAGCCCCGAGAGCACAUGGACCUGUUUUUCCGCCUCGUGAACGGAGAAGCGGACGGUUUACCCGGGCUGAUUGUGGAUCUAUAUGGCGAUUAUGCAUGUGUCCAGUCCUUGACAAGGGGUAUGGAUAUGCUGUUGCCCGUGGCGAGUUCCGCCUUACGCCGCCUGUUGGAUCUACAAGGCAUCCUGGUUCGCAGAGACCUCCCAGACAGAGCUCUCGAGUUCCCCUGUCCAUCCCCCAAACUGAAUAGCGGUGACAGCGAGAGAGUGAUCGCUCCCUGGAUCUCCGAACCCCGCGUCAUCUAUGGCAACAUUCCCGACGAGGUCACGGUUGCAGAAAACGGCUGCCUGUUCCCCGUGGACAUGCGGCGGUCUCCGGAGACAGGCUGGCGCUUCGAUCGAAGGGAGUUCCGGAAACAGGUCACACUCUUGAGCCAGGGCAACCAUGUUUUGGAGCUGUUUGGCCAUUCAUCAGCGUGCAGUCUCACUUGCCUCCUGCUGGGAAAAGCGAAGCGAUGCGUCGUCGUGGACAGCAGCCCGCGGUCGAUGGAGCUAGCCCGACGAGGCAUGGAGAUGAACGGCAUCACUUCCGACCAGCUGCAGAUUGAAGAGGAAAAUGCCGAGGCUUGGUUAGAGAGCUACGCGCGAAGGAUGAACAGAACCAGCCAAGAUCCACGCUUGUUCGAUAUAGUCGUUCUCGACACACCGACCCUCGCAUAUCGCAAGAGCGACCUCCCGGAAGCGCGGGCGACCGUUCGGCGCUUGGUAGAAGCAGCGGCUCUUCUCACGGCGCCCCGCGGCUACAUGGCCAUAACAAACAGCAGCCGGCACUACUCACCUGGAGUCUUUCUGGCUGACGUCUCGGCAGCAUGCGCUGGCGCAGGCCGGUCUGCGGUUCUGUGUGCGGAGGGAGGCGCGGGCUUCGACUUUCCGUGUGACGUCAGACUGCCGCGGUCUACGGAGCUUCAGUGGGCUGUUGUAGAACUCUCUGAGCCCUAG